CCGAUGGAUCGCCAACCAUUCUGACUGGGGGCCUUUUAGCCAUGCCAUGGUCAUGUGCUGCCGCUUCCUCCUCACGGUGUGGCUACUGCAGAGGCAUGGCUUGGCCGCCGACGCUCAACCUGAGGAGGAGAGCUGCUUUCAAAUCGUACCGACCGGAGGCGGUGGCGCCUCAUCGGUCUUCCUCAAGAACUUCCCCCAGCGCGUUUCCCGUUGGCUGGCCGAUGGUGCUGUGCCACGACAGGCUGGCUACGAGCUGGAGGAGAUGGUGGAUCUUUUCUCCAAUGCGGAUGUGGUCUUCCCUGAGAGCAUUUCGCCCGCCUGUGCAGCACAACUCCUUUCAGUGAUCCUAGCGCCACCGGGGCAGCAGAGGCUGAGGCCCAGGUCUUGCCUCUUUCUGGAGCCAGACAGUUGCGCAGUGCCAUGGCAUCUCUUUGUGCAUCCUUGGGAGUACCUGGUGAGGAGCCCAUGGCCCCUUUAUGAGUUGGUGGCCUUGUGGUCCAGCACCAGGCCGAACUCGGAGUUCUUUUCGGAGGCGGACGUGGAGUGCGAUGCGGACGCUCGGAGGAGCUUGGAGGAGACACCGUGGAGUUUGUUGGAGGCCUCGUCCAGUAUGGUCCUCCCCUCGACGCGCUAUUUGGCCAGUUUUCUGCUAGAGAAGGCCAAUCUGAACGAGUGGCCCUUCCGAUACGACUUCUGUGGGCAGCUCUUGUGGGCCUUGCUCCUGACAGUGCUGUCCCUGGCGCAGGAGAAGCCCUUGAUCUCCCCCGGUUACAGCAUUCGGAUGCAUCACAUCUAUGUGACGGAUCUCUUCCGGAAGCACCCCGAGAACUUCAUGGAGAUCCUGGCAAGCGCUCCUGGAAAAGUGCUACAGCGUUUGCCCUUGGUGGUGGAGAAAGAGAGGAGGAUUCGGCCCGAGAUCAUGUCGGCGCAGAUUUUGGGAAACUCCAGCUCCUCGCUCACGGCCGACACGUUGGCGCCUUUCACUCCCGUCAGCUCCUUCGAGGCUCAGCACUUGGAGCAAACGCUCCGCGUGGCCCACGACUUCCUCACCACCUUGGGCACGGCCUACAUCUUGAUCGCUGGCACUCUUCUGGGUGCUGUUCGCCAUUUGGGUCGGAUUCCUUGGGAUGACGACGUGGACCUUUGCGUGGACGCGGCCAACGAGGUGCAACUGCUCACCUUGGCGGUGCACGCGGAAGCCCAACGGCUGCAGCUGCCGGUCGCCACGCCGCUGAGCCUUCCGGGCAGGCGCGCGUUGGCAUUGCUGGAGUCGCAACGACACCGCCUGGAGGUGCAGUCUUCCAGGUCGUUGGUCUUUCGUGUCACGGGAGAUCAAGAGGCCAUCGUGGACAUUUGGCUUUGCUACUUCUGGGCCUUUGGGCGACACCUCUCCGACGAGGUGAAGCUCAUGUCACGCUGGUACGGACCUUCCAUUCCACGCCGCUUGAUCGAGCCGCGGCAGAAGGUGCCCUUCGGUGCGUUGGCCCUGUGGGCGCCGGCUGAACCACUGGAGGUCACUCGCCUGUACUUUCUUCAUCAACAAUCUAGCGGUGCGGCCGACGUGCUGAAGUUCUGCCGGGGUCGCAAGGUGCAUUCCAUCGGUGCGGAGUUCGAUCUGGAGGUGCCCUGCGACACCUUGGCCGGAGGAGGAGCGCAUUUGGCCAGCCCCUGGGCAGCGCUCAGUGAUGCAGAGAAGACGGAGAUUUGGGAAGUGCUGCAGGAGGUGCAGGAGCGUUUGCCCGGCCUCACCCCGGCGGCCGUCGACGAGUCCGUGGAGCUUCGCCGGAGCUCUGUACCGGGCGGCCACGCGCGCUACCGAGUGCGCUGGGAGGGCAUCAACGACCAACUGGGGCCCAUGAACUGCACUGCUUUGCUUUGGCGUGGCGACGAUCCGCACCACGAUUUGCUUCUGCCGGGCAUGUGGACGGAAUUGCCCUUGCGCUCGCUCCUCUGCGGUGCCGCGGGCGAGGAAGCGCGCUUCGUGUGGGAAGACCUCCGCUGAGCGGUCAGCCGAAAAAGGAACUGGGACAGCUGAGCGCUUCGGAACUGGCUUCGGAACUGCUGCUUUUCGGGGCUGGGAUGGGCACUAAAAGCUGAAGGACUAGUGACUGCCAGUGAUGC